AUGGAGCAGGAUAUAGAGAGAUAUUGGAUGGAAGAAACUAUGAGUCUUACUCGAAGGUAUUGGCACCUCAGAAGGUGUCUGUACUACAUGACACUAGCACUAGACAAUGAACAGUCUACGCAUGCAUAUAUGGACAACAUCACUGCCGAAAUUCCUCGAAUAAAUCUCUACACUAGCUCCAUCAAGGACUUCCUUGGUGCAUGCUAA